AUUCCUCGCGCCGCGCAACACACGGGCACAAAUGACCAGUCAAUGAUUAUAUAAGUAACCCCGAUUAAUCAUAAAGACAAAAACAGCUAAACUUUUACAUUUCUGUUUUCAUGAUCAUAGGUGUUUUUUCUCCUCUUACAGUGAAGUCGAUGGGGAACCGCAAGAAACUGAGACUUAUCAUAGGCUUUUUCAAAGACAAAACCUCCAUAAUCAAAGCAACCCUAUCAACAAAACGCCACAACAGAAUACAAACCGCUGUCAUCCGCGCCACCACACGUGACGCUUCUUCGUCACCAUCCGACGAAUGCAUCGCGGUCAUUCUUUCCUACGGCCAUUCCUCCCGCCUAAGUGCAUACACAUGCAUUGAAGCUCUCAUGGACCGCCUUCAUACCACAGAGAAUCCUUUUGUUUCCCUAAAAUGUCUCUUUAUGUUGCAUAUUAUAAUAACAAAAGGCUCUGUUAUUCUUAAAGAUCAGCUUUCAGUUUACCCUUCUCUUGGUGCCAGAAACUUUCUUAAUCUUUCAAGAUUUCGCGAUGGAUCAGAUCCUGAAAGCUGGGGCUUGUCGUCUUGGGUAAGAUGGUAUGCAGCUAUUAUAGAGCAAAAUUUAUCGGUUUCGAGAUUUCUUGACAAUCAAAAUGUUCUUUCUUUUUCCGCUACUAAUAAGGAUAAAGAAGAGAAAGUAUUGGCAGUUUUGAGCAGAGAUUUAUUAGGAGAAAUGGAUCUUUUAAUUAAUUUUGUUGCAGUAAUUAGUGAAGCUCCUGAUUCUUUGCAUCUUCAAAGGAAGAAUUUGAUUCAUGAAAUAGUCAGGUUAGUUUCUGAUGAUUACAGAUCUAUUCAACGUGAAAUUUUUAUCCGAGUUGUCGAAAUCGGUGGUAGAAUUCCGAGUUUUAGUUUCAGUGAGUUGACUCAGCUUCUGGGCAACUUAAAUAGAUUUGAGAGUUACAAAGAGAGAUUGUAUUUGCUGUUUGUGAAUAGAAAUAGAAAUGAUAGUUUAUGGGAGUUGGUAAAUAAGACAAAGACAAAAACCAUAGAAAUGAUGAAGGAAAAGGAAGAGAUGAAGCUGUUGGAAAUGGGCACCAAGAACGAUUCAAAUGAGUUGACUCGGUCUGGUGAAGUGGUGGACAAGGUUGAUGCUGGACACGGAUUUGUUUGGACCCGGUUCGAUUAAUUGUUUCUGUACACAUUAGCAUGUUUAUCCCUUCAAAUUUUGACCUUUUAUAUUAUUUUGGAUUUGUCAAUGUCAUUUAAUAUUGUAUAUUUGUGUUCAUUCAAUUUUAUAUUUUUCUUCCAAAUCAA